UUAUUUUCUUAGGAAGACCAAAAAAAGAGAAGCUUUUUCUUCACAAGACUGGUUUUUUUUUCUUCCCUUUUCAAUUUAAUUGUUUUUGUGAAAUUUUACGAAAAAAAAAAAAGAUUGGAAAGAUGGGAAAGGAAGGACCUUGCUAUCACUGUGGUGUUACAAGUACUCCACUUUGGCGUAAUGGACCUCCAGAAAAGCCAAUACUGUGCAACGCAUGUGGAUCUCGGUGGAGAACAAAAGGGACUUUGGCAAACUAUACUCCUCUGCAUGCAAGAGCAGAACCUUGUGACUUUGAGGAACACAGGGCUUCACGGUUCAAAAACAUUUCUAUGAAGAACAAAGAGGCCAAAAUUCUGAAACGAAAGCAAAGUCAUGAUAAUGCUGAAGUUGGAACUCCUCCUGAUUAUAAUCUAGGUUUCCGUAAGGUCUUAGAUGAAGAUACUAGCAAUAGGUCAAGUUCUGGCUCUGCUGUCUCAAACUCUGAGAGCUGUGCGCAGUUUGGUAGUGCUGAAGCAAGUGAUUUGACAGGUCCAGCGCAAUCCAAUAUAUGGGAUUCAACGGUGCCUUCAAGGAAGAGAACCUGUUUCAAUCGUCCAAAGCCAUCUUCAGUAGAAAAGCUCACUAAAGACCUAUAUACCAUCUUACAUGAACAACAAAGUUCAUACUUGUCUGCAUCCUCUGAGGAGGAGUUGCUUUUUGAGAGUGACAAGUCUAUGGUUUCUGUUGAGAUAGGACAUGGAAGUGUACUAAUGCGGCAUCCUAGUACAAUAGGUAGAGAAGAAGAAUCGGAAGCCAGCUCUCUUUCCGUUGACAACAAGCACCGUUCUGUCAGUGAUGCUUAUUCACGAUUGACUACCCCUCCUGUAAAUAUUAGUAAGGGUGUCAAUUCACCAAAUAUGGGUACCGAGAGAAUCAAGAAACCUACUGGUCCGGCUAUAGAACAAGACCAGAUUAAAAGAAACAAGGAUCACCUUGAAAAACUACAAAUUCUUGGACAUCAUAAUUCACCCCUUCGCUAUAUAGACCUGAAGGAUGUACUUAAUUAUGAAGAAUUCACAAGUCAUUUGUCAAGUGAUGAACAGCAGCAACUACUGAAGUACUUACCACCUGUUGAUUCUUUUGCGCCUCCAGAUAGUCUUAGAAGCGUGUUCGAGAGCUCUCAAUUCGAGGAGAACCUGUGUUCCUUCCAGAAACUUCUCGCAGAAGGUGUUUUUGAUAACUCAUUUUCAGGAGUGACAUUAGAAGAUUGUAGAAACUUGAAGAGAUUUAUAUUGUGCUAUUUAACAAAGUCAAAGUGGAUGCAACAAUAUAAUUUACUCAAGGACAAAAAAUGUAAGAAUAGUAGCAGCGGCUCUGAAGUUGCCCGAGAGCCAAAUGUUGUUGGCACAUGUCAUUCAGCUAAUGUGAAGAAACCACGGGAGGGGCAAUAUCCGAAGUGUUCAGGUGCAAAGACGACAAUGAAGAGCCCCAAAAGGGUGGUGAUGAAAAGCAUCUAUGAGCAGAAGGAACUAGUAGACAAUGAUGGCUCUUGCUUCAGUCCAAGAAGCUCGUUUGCCUUGCCUUCUGAGAAUAGUUCCCUCGUUCUGGAUUCUUUCUGUUCUGCAAAUGAAAACUCCCAUCAGGACUUGCUGCUGGACGUGCCAUCCAAUAGCUACUGCCCUCAGGCGGAACUACUCUUACCUACAUCAAGUUUUACUACUCAAGCAAGUACUACUAGUAGCUCAAUGUACCCUCCACAUUUCGUCCGUCCCUAACAAUACCAUCAUUACUUUGCUUGCUUUCCUUAGGAUAUCAAAAAGCUAGUUAAAAGUCAAAACAACAUCGUAGUGUUGCAUAUCCCAUGCAAACUUUAUAUUGGAAUUUGUCAAAGGGAUUCGGAUGGUUACCUAUUAUCUUUUCGCUGUUGACCUAUAUUGAAACCGGAUUUUUUAAAAUUACCAUAUGGAUAUGGUUGUUUUCCCCUUGAUGAAAACUGUGUAAUAUAAGUU